AUGCUCGCUGCUAUUUCGACAAGUACAGGCCCAGCUGGCUUCGUUACUCCUCCUGGGGAAAUGCCAGAUGGCUAUACGCCAGAGCAGCCAAAGCCCAGUGAUCAGCCCCAAAAUCCGGCCCCGGAAUUCCACAAGCUGCUCCAGGAUGCCAUGAGCGCAAUGCAAAUGCGGAAUAGUCGAAGCUUGCUAGUCGCCUUGGAAGGACUUACCCAGAUGCCAACUCAGGAUUUGGAAGAAGCGAUCGCUACUCUACCUAGGACAACGAUUUCGGAACUCCUAUGGUCAUUGGAUCCUCAUCAGAUUAGUCGCGACCAUGACCCUACAUACGGGUACUUCAUUGGACCCGGCAUGUGGCAGUAUCUGAACUUGGGGGCAGUCGUUGAUGAAUGGGGCAGCAGAAAGCUCUAUGUGAAACUUCUGUUGCAAAUGACGCAACUUCUAAAAGUUUUGGUGGAUGCUGGUCAUAUCCCCAAUGUCAACGACUAUGUGCCCCUGUUGCGCGCCGCUGGGCUUGCCUCGGACAUGGUUGUUGCCAAACUUCUGUGGGAGCAAAUGCAAACGCACAACAUUGCGCCAUGGAGGCACUACGAUAUAUUCCACGAGUUCAUCAAGGCCAGGUUCCUAGUCGAUCCCGCCUACUACGGGUUUGAUAAGAAGCGACUCAUGAUGACCCCGCGUAACCUCCAUCGCCGAGGCGUGUACCUGCAAGCUUCCAAUUCACGUCUUGACCGGCUCCGGAAGAACAACCGAAGGCAAAUGUUCAAAUUCGGACUCAACAGGAAUGUUGCCCACGGCGAGGAUUUGACACGACGCCUGAGAAAACCUAUGCCUCUAACACGUGUAUUCUACCACCUUAAAAGGAAAGGUAUCUUCACUACUGAGCAGCUGCUUUGUACAUUCAUAAUCGCGUUUGCUCGUUCUGGCUCCCUCAGGUUCAUCCAAUAUAGGAUUCUCGAGGACUACUUUGGUAUCGUUAUCACGAGAGAUGCAGAUGAGAACCGAAUACGAGUUGAAAGGAUGUCGUCAGAGAGAUUUACGUUCAACAACCCGUUGCGGCCCCAGCGGCCCUUUAUUCGGCCAACAUCACGGCUGCUUGACGCCGUCGUGUAUGCGUUUUGCUCCAAUGGACAGUUUGCAACGGCUUGGCAACUUGUGAGGUACAUUUCCCAGACCUACAAGUUAUCAAUCACACAACAAGUUUGGUCCAAUCUACUUGAAUGGUGUUACAUUCUCAUCACACCACCUACCAGCACAGCUUGGAAGAUGGCUGGCUUCCAGGAUCAGAUUCCUCGAUUUGGAGCAAUGGAAUUUAUAUGGCAUGCUAUGAAAUCAUCAAAGUAUGGGACGCUUGGGGCCCAACCUGAAUUCAAGGACUACGACUUGUACAUCAUGAACAGAUUGUCGCAGGGCAAGGUCAGUCAUGCUCUGACGCUCAUGCACGAGGCUCAAGAAUUGUAUGAGGCACAAUGUGCUGCAUAUGACGCAGCCGCUUUCGACUACGCAGCCGUUAUGCAUGUUGGUGUUGACUGCACAAGAGAGCGGCGCAAAUUCCAGCGUCAGCGUUUCCGCAAGUCAUACAUGAGGCAAAGGAUGCGAAUAUGGGGUAGGAUGAUCCAGAGAUGCUUUCAGCCAGACGAGUUGAAUGAUCCUAUAGCUACGCAACGGAUCCCGAGUCUCAUCGAAGCUUGGGGUGGGAUUCUUUCGAAUCCUGUCAAGUAUCGAACAGCUUCAGGAAUGGUCAGCCUGCUUGAUCCCGCUGAGCCCGUGGAGCAGACCAUUUUUGUGCGAAACCACACUACCCAAAUACCGAUGAGGCGCCAGGGAGAAUGGAACCUCAAGACCUUGCAACAGCGUCAGGUACGUCUUCUUAGCCGGUACGCUGUUGGAGACUUGUUGAGCACAAGGCUGCAUCCGCUGGAGGUAUGGAAGGGCGUAGCGCCGCAGGGUCGUCCCAGCCAGUCGCGACGUCUCGACGAUCACCGUGCUUGGGAGGCUCAUCAAAGGCAGGCGGCAAAGAGCGAGGCUGGCGAAGUCUCUGCUCUGAACGCGGAAGAAUUCCCAGCACCAGUUGAAGACAUUUGGGACGAAGACGAUUAG